UUAAUGUCGUGUUGCAGAGCGGAGAUUCUGGACAGCGGAAACAGCACUGGACUGAGCACAACCUGGAUGCAGAGAUUCUAACGAGCCUGCGUUAUCGCGAAUUAUUCUAUAAGUAGAUGACAAAAUAGAAAAUCCUCAAGUUAGUAGAGGAAAGGCUUCCUGAAAUAGUCUCAUUGUUCAGGAUCGGAAAGAUGAUUUCCCCGUGGGACAGAUGGUAUACCACCAGCUGCUGCCUUUGCUGUCAUGUUCGGACGGGCACCAUUAUUUUGGGCAUUUGGUAUAUGCUCAUCAAUGCAGUGGUCCUACUCAUCCUAUUAUCUGCCCUAAAUGACCCGGUCCAGUAUCACUACCAUCUCACCAGUGCCGAGUUGGGAACAGACUUUGAUGUCAUGGAUGAUGCAAAUAUGUGUAUUGCUGCUGCUAUCUCCCUGCUCAUGAUUCUUAUCUGUGGCAUGGCAACAUAUGGGGCUUAUAAGCAACAUGCUGCUUGGAUCAUUCCAUUCUUCUGCUACCAAGUCUUCGACUUCGCCCUUAACACCCUGGUAGCCAUUAGUGUUGUGGUGUAUCCCAACACAGUGCAAGACUACCUUCAGCAGCUGCCUGGAACCUUUCCAUACAAAGAGGACAUCAUGUCCACAAACAACAUGUGCCUAGUGUUUGCAGUGCUCAUCUUUGUUGGCUGCAUACUGUCCUUUAAGGCUUACCUGAUUGCCUGCGUUUGGAACUGCUACCGGUACGUCAGUGGAAGAAGCUCCACAGAAGUACUGGUCUACGUCACCACAAACGACACCGCAGUGCUGCUGCCCCCAUAUGAAGAGGCCAUCGCUAUUCCACCCAAGGAGCCACCUCCUCAAUAUGUUUCGGCGUGAGCGUGAAAAAGAGAGAGCCAUUGAGAGGCAGCACACACGAGAGACACUCUUCUCAAUCAGCCCUCCCCCAGUCCUCUCCCUGCCCGCUCCAAAGAAAGGACCUUCCCCGGCCUCACCCGCAGCCCUGCCCCCACCCCUCUCUCUCUCUCAGGAGCUGUGAGCAUGACUUUGCCAUGUCCUUCCCCGCGCGGGGCUUCCCAGCUGUCCAGGCAACGAGUAGCUAUGUGUCAGCUCCAAUUCCAUUUGCACUUUCCGUGAUUCUGCGUGUACCCCUCAGUGCGCCUCCAAAACUCCACUCCCUCCAUCCUCGCCUAUCCCGAACCUCUCUUUUCUAAUACUGUGAAUUUCUCCAGAAUUGUCAUCUGCUGAGAUAGCUCAUUUUUUGUAAAGCAAUGAGAGUGACAUGUUUGGGGGUUACGCAAAAGCACUUUUCAAAUGACCAUUUCUGUGGUGACCUGCCCCGAAUGUAAGAACUAGGGGAUUUUUUUUCAUACUAUGUUUCUAUGUACAAACUUUAAGAAAAUGUUGUGAUGGCAAAGUUUCCCAAGUCUAACAGAACUUUGUUAACAUUCAGUAGCGCUUAUUAAUAUUACCCUUAAAAAAAACAAAUGUCUUCCUAUAUAACACAUUGACAGUGACAGUGUGUUGUCAUAAUAUAACCCAUUUGCUAUGAAUAAUGUUCAAUUGAAUUUUGGGUUCGGUACUCACUUUGUGAGGUGAGUUGGCUGGACAUGUUGACGAAAUAUGUACUGUACAUGCAAUAUUUGCAGAUAGAUGGAGAAAUUGGAUGGCAUAAUAAUAGAGAAGAUUGAAAUGGUAAAAUUAACAGAAAAAAACAAUUUCUGUGUUCCUAUGCUGGCAGCUGACCUAUAAGGUUUUGCACAUAUAAUAUCAAUCUUGAUUUGAUCUUGUCUGUUGUAGAUGCUGUUUGAAAUGGGUGUGAAUGAGUAAUUAAUGACAUGGAAGUAAUGAUAUGGUCAGUUUCUGGUCCAAAACUUAUUUCUUGUUCCUGACCAUGACAGGGAAAAGACCACAUGCUUUCCUCUCAGUCUUCAGUAGCUUACUGUAGUUAGCUUGUAAUCCUUUUCUCCCAUUUUUUAUAAAGCUUUGAAAUGUCUUGUCCUGUAUUUCUAUAAUGUCAUCUUUGGAAAAUACUCAGUUUGAUGUUGAUCAUGUUGAUACCAUGGUAAGCACUGCAGUUAGUAAACAAUUAGAAUAGUUAGAACACCAUUCAGCUUCUCUUUUAUCCUUUACUGUUAUUGCAGCUUUUGCAACUUAAACUUUCGUCUUAUCUAAUCACAGAUGUGAAAAUGUGGUGUCCAAAGACGGUCAGCAUUUUAAAUAGACAGAUGAUAUGUGAUAACUGUCACUGAUGUCUAAUAUCCUCCAGUGUUUGGAUCCAGCGUGUGUAGGUCUAUCUUAUAAAGGCUGCUUACAAAGAGUCACCUUUUACUAAAUACAGCAGCUGACACAGUUUAGAAGCUGUGGAUUAAGAUUCAGUUUUAGGGCUGUACUGUCCUGUCACACAUGUUGUCUUUUGGCUCUGCACAUUUCUUGAUAAUAAAAUUCCUCCUUCAGCACCUCA